AUGGAACAGCCAAGUCUGGGGCCUGGAAUCCAACCAUAUGGCAAAUCGCCAUUGAAGCGCAAGUUGACAGAGAUUCCGGACACGGAAUGUCCGGUCACAUUGCGUGUGCAGUUUCUCCUCAUUGGCGAGGCUUCUCGAGAUUUUGCAUCGAUGGUUGUGAAUUCUGAAAUGGCUGAGAAUUAUCAUGGGCAAAGGAGGAUGAGUAUGGCAAGCCUUCCCGAUCAGCACUCUUCUGCUGGUUCAGAGCUCCAGGAUGCAAACAGAUAUUUGCUUUUUUGCCCGCGCAUCGACAGAGACGAAGGGACAGAGCUAGCACGCAUUGAGCUCACACCAGUGGUAGGCUUUGGAGACUCUUUGCCUUUGUCCCGCCAGCAGAACGAGAACAUUCACCUUAUUUUCCUUCUUUACCAGGAUAGUGGACCUCGAAGGAACAUGUCUGACCUCUCCACUGAGUGGAUCAGGAGGCUAGCAGAAGUUCGAUUUUUGCCAAAGAUUGCACGUCCUGCUUUGACGCUGCUGAUGGUGAGUGCAGAUGAUGAACAGAUGAGAUUUGCAGAGGAAAUCAUGGAAAAGCAAAAGGACAUGGAUGAUCCUUUGACAGUUUCGACAAAGUUGGUCGAAACUCCGAGCGAGGAUGAUUUGAUCAGCUCUCUUCAAUUGGUAUGCAAGGACACCGUGCUGUGGAAACCACAUGCCCGUUACACAAUGCAGGUGGAGGCAAAGGGCGGCUGUUGCAUCCUCAUGUGA